CGUCAUCCAGUAGGCGGGACUAAGAUAGAAGGUGCGGCGCGAGGACUAAGUUGACGUUUGUGAACGUUGCGGAGGGAGUUCAGCCGAAAAAAACUGCCAAAACACUAGUCCAACCGCGUCGGACACGAGGCACAAAGAUCUCGGAGACAUUUAGAGGAGAUAAGUGUAAAUUUGGGUUGUGAUCGGUCGUCGUUUUUUAAUUAAUCGCUCUUGCUACGUGUAUUUACAUAACCGUCGUCUCCCUUGUUGUGGCGGGGACAAUUGUUGUUUGCGAACGAAUAACAAAUUCGGUAACAGCAUCUCUUGUUGCAACUUAGUGCUUUUUUUGGGUGCAAAUACGCGUAAAAUAAUUUGAAUCGGCGUAAUUUUGCUUGUUUUUUAAAAGGUUUUCGAAAAACAAGUUAUACAACGAGGCUGCCUUAGUUUCCCGCCGCGCAGGUCCUAACACCCGCCUGUUUCCCUGUCACGUUGCCGCGGAGUGCGCGCAGUUUCUUGAGGGCCAAAUGGUUCAGACUCUGACACGUUUUAAAUUCUUCGUCACCAUGGAAAAGGUUUUAUUAGAGCAAGGUUAACUCCUCCACACCUUGGCCCACCAUAUUUACCGAUUUAAAAACAAAAACUAAUUGGAAUUCCCUCUUAGUGAUUAUUGCACCCGGAUUUGUGUUAGUGUAAAUAAGGCCAGAUUAAGAAGAUCAGUCAAAGGACAUUUCCAUUCUUGAGGCUUCCAUCCAUUUGAGUGAUGGUCGUGAAUACGAUCCACUGGUUCAGGAAGGGCUUGCGGCUCCACGACAAUCCGUCCCUCAAGGAGUCUCUGCUGGGGGCCGACACCGUCCGCUGCAUCUACAUCCUCGACCCCUGGUUUGCAGGCUCGUCCAACGUAGGCAUCAACAGGUGGAGAUUCCUGCUGCAGAGUCUAGAGGACCUGGACUCGAACCUGCGCAAGCUCAACUCCCGUCUGUUUGUGAUCCGGGGCCAGCCCACCGAUGUCUUUCCAAGACUCUUCAAGGAGUGGAACAUAUCCCGCCUGUCUUACGAGUACGACUCGGAGCCCUUCGGGAAGGAGCGGGAUGCCGCCAUCAAGAAGCUGGCCUCCGAGGCCGGCGUGGAGGUGACGGUGCGCAUCUCGCACACACUCUAUGAUCUUGACAAGAUCAUCGAGUUGAACGGCGGUCAGUCGCCGCUCACCUACAAACGCUUCCAGACCCUCAUCAGCCGCAUGGACGCCGUGGAGGUGCCGGCCGAGUUCAUCACGGUCGAGGUGAUGGGGAAGUGCCGCACGCCGCUCUCGGACGACCACGAUGAGAAAUUCGGGGUGCCGUCCCUGGAGGAGCUAGGUUUCGACACCGAGGGCUUGUCGUCGGCCGUGUGGCCCGGAGGCGAGUCCGAAGCCCUCACGAGACUCGAGAGGCACCUGGAGAGGAAGGCGUGGGUGGCCAACUUUGAGCGUCCUCGCAUGAACGCCAACUCGCUCCUGGCCAGUCCCACCGGCCUCAGCCCCUACCUGCGAUUCGGAUGCCUCUCGUGUCGCCUCUUCUACUUUAAGCUCACCGACCUCUACAGGAAGGUGAAGAAGAACAGCUCGCCGCCGCUGUCGCUGUACGGCCAGCUGCUGUGGCGCGAGUUCUUCUACACGGCGGCGACCAACAACCCGUGCUUCGACAAGAUGGAGAGCAACCCCAUCUGCGUGCAGAUCCCGUGGGACCGCAACGCGGAGGCGCUGGCCAAGUGGGCCGAGGGACGCACCGGCUUCCCCUGGAUCGACGCCAUCAUGACGCAGCUGCGCCAGGAGGGCUGGAUCCACCACUUGGCCCGGCACGCCGUGGCCUGCUUCCUGACCCGCGGAGACUUGUGGAUCAGCUGGGAGGAGGGCAUGAAGGUGUUCGAGGAGCUGCUGCUGGAUGCCGACUGGAGCGUCAACGCCGGCAGCUGGAUGUGGCUCUCGUGCAGCUCUUUCUUCCAGCAGUUCUUCCACUGCUACUGCCCCGUGGUGUUCGGCCGCCGCACCGACCCCAACGGCGACUACAUCCGCCGCUACCUGCCCGUGCUGCGGGGCUUCCCGGCCAAGUACAUCUACGACCCGUGGAACGCGCCGGAGGCGGUGCAGAAGGCUGCGCGCUGCAUCGUGGGCGUGCACUACCCCAAGCCAAUGGUGCACCACGCGGAGGCCAGCCGGCUAAACAUUGAGCGCAUGAAGCAGAUCUACCAGCAGCUGUCCUGCUACAGAGGCCUCGGUCUCUUGGCAUCCGUUCCCUCCUCAUCCAAUGCAAACAAUAAGCCUUCGUCAGAGGAAAUGGGAUAUUCUGCUGAAGCUCCUCGUGACGCAGCCACUGCCGCCGCCGCCGCGACCGCUGCUACGUCUUCCGGCUAUCCCAUGCCGGUACAAACGCAGGCUGACUGGCAGAGCGGCGGUGUCAUGAUGUACCAGCUCGGGGAUUCCCAAGGCGGCGUGGGCGCGCAUCAGCAAGGCUACGUCAGCUCCAGCAUGAUGUGCUACCCUCAAGGCAGCCACCAGAGUCCCACGCUUCACAAAGGGCUGGAGCAUCACUCCAGCAGCGGUUCGAUGAGCAGCAAGCGUCACUGCGAGGACUCCGGAAAUGGCAAAAGCUCCAAAGUCCAGAGACACUAACCACAGAAAAUUUAUGUAUGAAAAAAAAUUGUUAUUUUGUUCUCUCCAUUUUUACGCGCCGCCAUGAAUUUACAACACUCACAUUUCUUUUGUGUCUUUCAGUAAUCUUCAUGCGGCGACACCCUCGCCCGCUAUGAAGUAAUCAAAUAUGUUAUGACAAAUGCCGACAUCCCCGGAGAACGUCGCACUGUUUCUUCAACGGAAGGGCGGGUCAUUGCAUAGAAGGCCGUCGUGUGUAUAUGAAGAACUUUCAAAAAUUCAACUCGCAUACAACUUGUACAUAUUUGACUAUUGUAUGUGCGUUAUUGAUCUUUGUGUAGCGUCAUAGAUCCAUUAUAUAUAUUUUUGAUAUGAUACAAAAGUCAUGAGUGGAUGUUUCUUUUGGGGGAGUUUUUUUUCUCCCCCAAAAAUGCAACUAAAAAGGUCUCUAUUAAACGGGAAAAAAACCGCAUCAUGAAAAUCUUGCUGUCUCAUUCAUUUCCUCCUGUUUGAGCCUAUUUAAGUGUUUCACUGCUGGUUGACUGGUUGUGUUUCCCACUGUCGAUGCAAAAUCACUUUGACCUUGUUAUGAUGGCCGAUUACCCACAAUUAAUAUCUUUGUGCCCCACACCUCACCUACCAAGUGUAUGACCUCCGACCCACAACUGCAAACAACUGUUUCUAAAUGUGCUUGUUUCAUUAAAAUUGUUUAAAUACA